AUGGCGGAGGACGGCGAGGAGAAGCUGCUCGCGACGGUGCAGCACAUCGUGCAGACGCUCGGGAGCAGCGACACCAUGACGGAGGACAUCCUCAAGGUCUUCUCCAACUACGACGGCCGCCUGUCGCUCGACAAGAUCUACGCCGCGCGCGGCGCCGUGGCGGCCGCGGCGGGCGGCGGCGGGGGAGGUGGGGGCGGAGGGGAGCGCUCGAUGCCGGCGUCGCCGCCGCUGCCCCCGCCGCCCGCGGCCGCCGUGCCGGGCUCCUCCGCGAGGCCGCCCGUCACCUCCAUGGAGCGGACCGUGCGCACGCUCGACCGCCAGAUCUCGCAGUUCGUCACCAUGGACCGGCUGAUCUGGGCCGACUCGGGCGACGCCGACGCCUUCCUCGAGGCCGUCGACGACCUCAUCGGCACCGUGCAGGAGCUGGACGCCGCGGGGACCAACCGCGUGCUGCUCGACCGCGCCGACGAGCUGCUCAGCCGGUGCAUGGCGCGGCUGGAGGACGAGUUCCGGGCGCUCAUCGAGCGCCCCGACGAGGCGGCCCCCUCGGCGCCCGGCGGGUUCGCUUCCGACGGCAGCGACGACGAGGAGUUCUACGGCGGCGCGGACGGCUACGGCGACGAGCCCAUCCCGAUCGCCAAGCCCGUCACCGACUACGACGUCGUCAUCGACGCGCUCUCGCCGGGCUCCAUUGCCAACGUGCACCAGAUCUCGCGCCGGAUGGUGGACGCCGGCUUCGGCCGGGAGUGCGCCGAGGCCUACGCCGCCGCGCGGCGCGGCUUCGUCGACGAGAGCGUCGCGCGUCUCGGCGUCCGGCCGCGCACCGCCGAAGAGGUCCACGCCUCCCCCUGGGAGGAGCUGGAGUUCGACAUCGCCCGCUGGAUCCCAGCCUUCAACAUGGUCUUCCGCAUUCUGAUCCCCAGCGAGCGCCGCCUAUGCGACCGUGUCUUCGACGGUCUCGCCCCCUUCGGCGACCUCGCCUUUAUUGCUGCCGUGCGCACUCAGGCGCUGCAGCUCAUAUCAUUCGGCGACGCCAUUUCUUCCUCCAGCCGCUCGCCGGAGCGCCUCUUCCGUGUGGUGGACAUGUAUGAGGCCGUGCGGGACAUCCUCCCGGACCUUGACCCUGUGUUCUCGGACCCUUACUCCGCCGCACUCCGCGCAGAGGUCUCUGCAGUGUGCAACACCCUUGGUUCCUCAAUCAAAGGUAUAUUCAUGGAAUUGGAAAAUCUCAUCCGCCGGGACCCUGCCCGGGUUGCCACACCUGGUGGUGGCAUACACCCCAUCACUCGGUAUGUCAUGAACUAUCUCCGUGCUGCAUGCGGUUCGCGGCAGACAUUGGAAGAGGUGAUGGAAGGCGACCUUGGUGCUGGCGGUAGAGCUUCUGCUGCCGUGGACCCUGACCGCCCCACGUCUUCACUUGCUGUGCACAUCGCAUGGAUCAUGGACGUUCUGCACAAGAAUUUGGAUGCAAAAUCUAAGAUUUACCGAGAUCCCUCACUGGCUUGCAUCUUCUUGAUGAACAAUGGCAAGUACAUUAUCCAGAAAGUGAAUGACAGCGAGCUAGGUGUUCUACUCGGCGAUGACUGGAUCAAGCAGUUGUCAACUAGAGUGCGUCGCUGGAGCAUGGAUUAUCAGCGUUCAACAUGGGGCAAGGUUACAACUGUGCUGCAGAUUGGUGGUUCUGGUGUUGGUGCACUCCCAGCCAAGGCAAUGCUGCAGAAAUUGCGGAUGUUUAAUACCUACUUUGAGGAGAUCUAUGCAGUACAAUCAGAGUGGGUGGUAGCUGAUGAUCAGUUGCGAAUGGACGUUAGGGCAGCAGUGGAGGAUUCAGUGAUGCCAGCAUAUGCGGCUUUGAUUAACAGGUUAAAAUCAGCUCCUGAAACUGGACGUGACUUGUACAUCAAGUACACCCCAGAAGAUGUCGAGGCACAUAUCCAGCACUUGUUUGAAGGAGCAGCAAAGUGA